AUGGCGCGCAAAGCAAUAGCAAAAGAUCAGAUCGUGAAAUUGAUAGUAGGCGCAGGGCAGGCGUCGCCCUCGCCACCCGUCGGUCCCGCAUUGGGUAGCAAAGGUGUGAAGAGCAUGGAUUUCUGCAAAGAGUUCAAUGCACGCACAGCACAUUAUAACCCCGGCACACCGAUACCCGCGCGCAUCACUGUCCGACCCGACCGAUCUUUCCAUUUCUCGCUUCGCACACCUCCUACAGCGACUCUCCUGCUCAGUGCAGCCGGCGUGCUACCCACAAAGAACAAAAUUCGAGGCGCUGGAAAUGUACCGGGACCAAUGAACAACCAUGACGGCCAGAAAGGCAAGACUAGCACUAGUAGUCCUACAGUGGGUAAUGCGACCAAGGGAACAGUUGGCACAGUUAGCUUAAAGCACGUAUACGAGAUUGCAAAGAUUAAGCAUUCAGAGACGAGGUUGAGCGGAUUGAGUUUGGAAGGUAUCGCAAGAAGUGUGGUGGGACAAGCAGGAAGUCUGGGGGUAGUCAUCGUGCCUUAGGCCCAUGCCCGCAGAGCGAAUGGUGGAAGAUAUGAACUCACAUACACGACUCAGCAAGGCAUUUCGACACAAUGUGGGGAUACGCGAGCUAUCACGAUUGUCCCAACAAAUGGCAUUUGUGGGCAGAGAGCAGGAUAUGUUACAAAAGGCUGUUAUUUCGGCCGUGAGCCACAUGUAAGACGCUGUGAUUGCAUGAAAGCGGGAAUGAUAAUACAGAGCCUGGUGGAGACAUCGGACCAAGGACUGGUGGUGCGACCGAUUCUGAAUAGACCCUAUCUGACUUCCGUUCGGUACGAAGCGCAAGGGAGCGAUUACGAGAAACCGUAGACACCACCCUGCUCUUGGAACUUCAAUUGAUGAUCCUUCAAGUCGGCCCAUAGCCUC